GAGACAUAUGGCUGUCAAAUGAAUGUCAAUGAUACUGAAGUUGCUUGGUCUGUAUUGAGUAAGGCUGGAUAUGAGAAAACAUUAGAUCUUUUUGAAGCUGAUGUUAUAUUGGCAGUUACUUGUGCAAUAAGAGAGAAUGCUGAGAGUAAAAUCUGGAAGCGUUUGGAGUUAUUUAAGAAAAUUAAACAGCAAAGGCCUCGUAAUUUACCUCCUCUAAGAGUAGGACUCCUUGGAUGUAUGGCUGAGAGAUUAAAGGAGGAACUACUUAAUACUGACAAGAAAGUUGAUUUAGUUGCUGGUCCUGAUGCUUAUCGUGAUCUACCAAGAUUACUAGCAGUUACUGAAACUGGUCAAGCAGCUGUGAAUGUAUUGUUGUCAUUGGAUGAAACAUAUGCUGAUAUUGUACCAGUUAGAUUAAAUCAAUCAUCUCCAACAGCAUUUGUGUCUGUGAUGCGUGGUUGUGAUAAUAUGUGUAGUUUUUGUAUUGUUCCCUUCACACGAGGGAGAGAAAGGAGUCGUCCUAUGGAGUCUAUUUUAUCUGAGAUAAGAUCCCUGUCUGAUGAAGUAAUAAAUAAAGUGACAUUACUUGGGCAAAAUGUUAAUAGUUAUCGAGACCUCUCUUCUACUGAUCAAUCUUCAAGUACCCACCUUAGCCGAGGGUUUUCAUCUAUCUAUCGAUCAAAAGAAGGAGGUCGACGAUUUUCUGAUCUUUUAGAUAAAGUGGCACAAGUUGAUCCAGAAAUGAGGAUUCGUUUCACGUCACCUCAUUCCAAAGACUUUCCUGAUGAGUUGCUACAAGUAAUUCAAGACAAUCACAAUAUCUGUAAUAAUAUCCAUCUACCAAUACAAAGUGGUAGUACACGUCUACUAAAAUUAAUGAGAAGAGGACAUACUAGAGAAGCUUAUCUUGAGUUAGCUGACAACAUUAGAUCUACUAUACCAGGUGUGACUCUCUCUAGUGACUUUAUAGCGGGAUUUUGUGAGGAGACAGAGGAAGAUCAUAAGGAAAGUUUGUCUCUAUUGAGAACAGUCCAAUAUGAUAUAGCCUAUUUGUUUGCUUACAGUAUGAGGAAGAAAACUCAUGCUUAUCACAGAAUGAAGGACACAGUACCUGAUAACAUAAAGAAGAGACGAUUGCAAGAACUAGUAGAUACUUUCUACUCAUUAGCUAAGUUAAAAAAUCAGAAACUAAUAGGAUCAGAACAACUGGUCUUAGUGGAGUCAACUAGUAAACGAUCAGUCAAUGAUUUAAAAGGACGUACUGAUGGUAACCACAAAGUAAUCUUUCCAUCUUGUCCUCUUCCCAAAGACAGGGGAAGUACAGUAACUAUCCCCAAAGCUGGUGACUAUGUCAAAGUUAAAAUAACAAGUGCUACCUCACUUACUCUUAGAGGAACUAUGGAAGACAAAGUAACAACAGACAAAGAUGUUGAUGAUGAAACAUUUGUAGGAGAUAAAAGAAUAGAAGACAUUACUGAACUUGUAGUCUGA